CCGGCAGGCCGCGCGCCAAGGCCUCCGGCGGGACUGGAGCUGCCGCGCUGGCUACAAGAGAGUGACUCUGCCCGGGUUGCUUCUUGUGGUAGCGAUGGCCUCGUUCGUGACGGAAGUCCUGGCACACUCGGGGAGGCUGGAAAAGGAGGAUCUGUGCACUCGGAUCAGCCGCCUGACCCAGCGGGUGGAGGAGAUUAAGGGCGAGGUAUGCAGUAUGAUCAGCAAGAAGUACAGUGAAUUCCUGCCUAGCAUGCAAAGUGCACAGGACCUGGUUACCCAAGUGGAUAAGCUAUCUGAUGACAUUGACCUGCUGAAAUCCAGGAUAGAGAGUGAGGUCCGCCGGGAUCUUCACGUAUCAACUGCUGAAUUUACAGACUUGAAGCAACAGUUGGAAAGAGACUCGGUAGUCCUAAGUUUACUUAGACAGCUACACGAGUUUUCUACUGCUAUUGAGGAAUAUAAUUGUGCAUUGGCAGAGAAGAAGUAUGUUACUGCUGCUCAGCGUCUAGAAGAGGCACAGAUAUGCUUGAAGUUAUUAAAAUCCAGAAAAUGCUUUGAUUUAAAAAUACUGAAAUCUCUCAGCAUGGAGCUUACAAUACAGAAACAGAACAUACUUUAUCACCUUGGAGAAGAGUGGCAGAAGCUGAUUGUAUGGAAGUUCCCGCCAUCAAAAGAUACCAGCAACUUGGAAUCUUGCCUACAAACAGAACUUCAUUUAUGCGCUGAACCAUCUCAGAAAGAAGAGAAGACCCCCGUGCCACCCAUCAGUUGUGUCCUCUUGGCAUUUUCUCUUCUUGGGGAGCUACAUACCAAGCUUAAGUCAUUUGGUCAGAUGCUGCUGAAGUAUAUCCUUAGGCCUCUGGCAUCUUGCCCAUCCCUUUUUGCUGUGAUAGAAAGCCAACCUAACAUCAUUAUCAUUCGUUUUGAAUCUGUGAUGACUGACUUGGAACAUCCAUCACCAUCUGAAGUUUUUGCCAAGAUCAGACUGGUACUGGAAGUGGUCCAGAAACAACUUCUAGAUUUGCCUCUUGUUGCUGAUGUAGAAAAUGAGAAAACAUGCAAGAUCGUAUUGGCUGAGAUGCUUGGUGACGUGAUCUGGGAGGACUUGUCCGAGUGCCUCAUUAAAAAUUGUUUGGUUUAUUCUAUCCCAACAAAUAGCAGCAAGUUACAGCAGUAUGAGGAGAUCAUACAGUCCACUGAAGAAUUUGAAAAUGCCUUAAAGGAGAUGAGGUUUCUAAAAGGAAAUACUACAGAUUUGCUGAAAUAUGCCCGUAACAUCAAUUCUCAUUUUGCUAACAAGAAGUGUCAGGAUGUGAUUGUGGCAGCUAGAAACCUAAUGACCUCUGAAAUUCACAACACUGUGAAGAUUACUCCUGCUUCUAAGAUAAGUGUGCCAGAUUUACCUAGUCCUGCUGAGGGUGACAAACUACAAGUACAGAAAGUGUCCACAACCCAGUACAACGAAGUGAUGAAUUUAGAGCCUGAAAAUACGUUGGACCAACAUUCCUUUUCUUUGCCCACAUGCCGCAUCAGUGAAUCUGUGAAGAAAUUAAUGGAACUCGCCUAUCAGACUUUACUGGAGGCAACAACUAGCAGUGAUCAAUGUGCUGUUCAACUUUUCUACUCAGUGAGGAAUAUCUUCCAUUUGUUCCAUGAUGUUGUACCAACAUAUCACAAGGAGAACCUUCAAAAACUGCCCCAGUUGGCUGCCAUUCACCUCAACAACUGUAUGUAUAUCGCUCACCACUUGCUGACCCUCGGGCAUCAGUUCAGAUUGCGUCUUGCCCCCAUUCUGUGUGAUGGCACUACUACUUUUGUGGAUCUUGUACCUGGCUUCAGGAGACUUGGGACAGAGUGUUUUUUGGCCCAAAUGCGGGCACAGAAAGGAGAACUUCUGGAAAGAUUAUCAAGUGCUAGAAACUUUUCAAACAUGGACGAUGAGGACAAUUACUCUGCAGCAAGUAAAGCAGUCCGACAGGUACUGCACCAACUAAAGAGACUUGGAAUUGUGUGGCAGGAUGUCCUGCCAGUGAACAUAUAUUGCAAGGCUAUGGGGACUUUACUCAGUACAACAAUUUCUGAGAUCAUUGGCAGAAUCACUGCCCUAGAGGACAUCUCUACUGAAGAUGGUGAUAGAUUGUAUUCCUUAUGCAAAACAGUGAUGGAUGAAGGACCUCAAGUAUUUGCACCUCUGUCUGAAGAAAACAAGAACAAGAAGUAUCAAGAAGAGGUUCCGGUCUAUGUGCCAAAAUGGAUGCCAUUCAAAGAAUUGAUGAUAAUGUUACAAGCCAGCCUGCAAGAAAUUGGGGAUCGGUGGGCAGAUGGAAAAGGGCCCUUGGCAGCUGCGUUCUCUUCCAGUGAAGUAAAAGCUUUAAUUCGUGCCUUGUUCCAGAACACAGAAAGAAGAGCAGCUGCCCUUGCCAAGAUUAAAUAGCUCCAUCUUCCUGAGAAAGCCAUUUCUUGAGCAGGUGGAUUCCUUUCUUGGCGUAAUUAGUCUUUAAAGACUUCUUGGAAUCACCCGUUGGUUUUGGUGAACUGAUAUAUCAUGGAAGUUUGAUUUCACCUAAGAACGCCUUACCUCCUGGCCUGUAUGAGGCUUUGUUGAAGAACUGGUUGUUAGGAUCAGAUGUCAAAUGAAGCACCUCAAUUUGUUGACUUUUUAGCCACCCUCCCUUAAUAAGAAACUGUAGGGUGACAUUGUUUCAUGUUGCUUCCAGGGCCCUCUGGGAACUGUGUCCAUUGAAAAUAUAAGCCCUGGCCUUGGAUCAAGGAAUCCAGGUCAUUCCAAGAGUCAGGAUAAAGAAUUUGUGAGAGAUGGGAGAUAUAUUUUGGAGGGCAAGGGAACCAUAAAUUGGUCUUGCAGGAAUUAAGAAGACUUCCUUCAAUAUUUCUUUCCAAUAAAUAAUGCUUUUCAGAGUUAA